AAUAGUUUAUGACGUCAUCGGUUGUGACGAAACGGAUGCUAAUAUCCUUGUGAACUUGCAGUAAUAUAAAUAUAGUAUUGUGCUGCUGCUGAUUUAAUAAAUAAAAUCAUUUUAUCAUUAUUCAUAAUUUCGAUUUCACGAUGCGUAUGCAUCGUGGAUUUUAUGUUGUUGUUUUUUUUUUUUUGUUGUUUAUUUUUAAGAUAUCUAAGUCUAGUUUAGAAUGAUUUAACAGGUAGAUAAUUCGUACCAGUAAGCAAUAACAAGAUAUUUUAAUUACAAACUGUUGAUGGUUCAUGUUACUUUACAUUACCUUUACGGAUUAUAAGGAAUAAUAAUAAAUAAUAAGGAUAAUAAAUAAACAAAUUAUAUUAAAAUAAUAAAAAUAACAAUAAUAAUAAUAAUAAUAAUAGAUCUAAUAAUAAUAAUAAUAAUAAUUUAUUUAAUAAUAAUAAUAAAUUAUUGGAAUUAUAUUUAUUAACUCACUAUCUUAUUUCUGAUUUAUUUACAAAUUGCUGUGAACAUGCCUAAACGACGGUCAAAAGCUGACACAAGUUCUCUGGCUGACCAAGUAUCCUCGAAGAGACGGCCAUGCGUUCCAAAGGCACCAGGAACUGUUCAGGAAAAUGGGACAUCGGAAGGACCCUCUCAUGUUGUGUCGCCUGGAUCAUGUUCGUCGGUGGAGUUAGAAUCAGGAUUUCCAGUGAUUCAAUUCCAAGCCUGGUUGGUUGGCUCAUCUCUGAUAAAGGGCGCCUUUCAUCAAUUAUGCACUCGGCCUGAUGGUAUUAAUAUUGGGCUAGACUCUGUUGGUGGAUCACUCACGUGGGAAUUUUUGGGUGGUAUGCGCAUACGUGAUAUUGAGCCUACUAUUAGGUAUCUGUUAUCAUUUAAAAAUCCACCAGAAUAUUUGCUUGUACAUUGCGGAGGGAAUGACAUUGGGUCUUCCACAUCAGCAGUUAUCAUUGCAGAGUUAAAAUCAAUAUUUGUUCGUUUGCAAAAACUCCUUCCAAACUCUAAAUUAAUUUGGUCUCAGAUUUUGCCCCGUCUGUCUUGGAGAUAUGUGCCUCUUGUUCUUUUGGCAGAAAAGGCAAGAAAGCGUAUUAACAGUGCCAUAAGUACAUACGCCAUAAGAAAUGGGGGCCAUUAUAUCAAAUAUCCUGAACUAUCUGUAACUAACCGUGGUUAUUUUGCAUGCGAUGACACUCAUUUAUCUCCCUCUGGUUACGAUUUAAUGUUAGAUACAAUUUCAGAGGCACUUUCCUCAUUUUCAAGAUUAAACACACCAGUAUUUCCAAUACAACCGUCAUGACUUGGUCGUUGAUUUGGUUUAUGUUAGCCCGCUGUUGGCGGAAGGUUCUCUCAUUGUUUUUCGAGACCCUUUUGGCGAUUUUCUAACAUAAAUGUAUAGGUUUUAGCUAUCGAUGACGAAGCAAAACCUAUUAUAUAUAAAAAGUUCUAAUUCUAUAAACUUUAUAAUUUUAAUGACCAGUCAUGACGGAAAUUAUAUGCCAAACCUUUUAAUAAAAUAAGUUAAACAUAUGGUUCGUUUAUUAUCAUUAUUAUUAUGAUUACAAUAUGAAAUUUGAUAUUUAAAGUGACUAUGUUGAAAAAUAAUUUUCAGUUUAAGCGCUUGAGUUUCAACUAUUUAUUUUUACACAUUAUGUCACAGUAUUUUUGCAAUGACCUGUACAUCUGGCUCCUCCUCCAGUAUGUCAGUCAGCCUCAUUCGCGCAUGCUCAGUAGACUGGGUAUAUAAACCGAGCACGCUCCUGCAAAUUCCUUUCUGAUCCAGUCUCUGAGGCUCUCAAGCUGUCCCGAAGUAACACGGGAUAAAAAACCCACCCACCCUCCCAAUUUUGCCUUGUUGUUGUCUCUUUUUCUGUUUUCAGGUAUAACUGGCCGCCGCGGUACUUUAAGCACUUCUUCGUCAUGACUGGCAUUGCCAUGGGAACAGUUGACAUGGCUACCUAAACAUCCCCAGAAAUUACCAUCGUAUGUGUAAGCAUAACAACCCUGCAUUGUGGACACCUGUGGGAUGAACUGUAACUUCAUCAAGUCGCGACUUGUUAUUAUCAGAAGAUUGACUUGUAACUAAUUGUAACCGAUGACGGUACAAUGAUCUUUAUAAAUAAUCUAUUGUAUAUACAUGCUCCAACUUCAGCAAGUUGCGAUUUUUGAAGAUCGACUUUUAACUUUUGUAACCGAUGAUGGUACAAUGAACUUGUAUAACUUAAUAUUUCGUAUAUAUAUAUGUGAAACAAAGCUUACCAUUAUAACAACAUGUCUUUUAUUCCAAAUUCAUUCGGCGAUUUUCUAACAUAAAUGUAUAGGUUUUAGCUAUCGAUGACGAAGCAAAACCUAUUAUAUAUAAAAAGUUCUAAUUCUAUAAACUUUAUAAUUUUAAUGACCAGUCAUGACGGAAAUUAUAUGCCAAACCUUUUAAUAAAAUAAGUUAAACAUAUGGUUCGUUUAUUAUCAUUAUUAUUAUGAUUACAAUAUGAAAUUUGAUAUUUAAAGUGACUAUGUUGAAAA